CCGCCCACGUCCCUUGGCGGCUCCGCCCCCUGGCUGCGCCCAGGCUCCGCUGCCCCGGGAAACCCGGCUCGGCCAGACGCUCCUCUGGCCGCCAGGGACAGCAGUGCUGGUAUUUCUAUUUUGGGGCGCCGAGUUUUGCCAGGUUUGUGGGCAAGCUCACCUGCUAAAGUGACUCAAGCUGAGGUGCAACUGAAGUCGGCCCUUGGAGGCCCCCGGCUGACCUUCUGAUUGUUACCUGUGGUCACAAGGACGUUACCUGACCCUGCUUUGGCCAGGCCGGAAGAGAAAUUUUGGCAGAGAACCUCAGCGCUGGAGACCAUGGAUAAAUUUGAUGUGAUUAAGGUCAUUGGGGAAGGUUCCUUUGGAAAAGCCUACUUGGCUAAAGGGAAAUCAGACGGCAAGCACUGUGUCAUAAAAGAGAUCAGUUUUGACAAGAUGCCUAUCCAUGAGAAAGAAGCUUCGGAGAAAGAAGUGACUCUUCUGGCAAAGAUGAAACACCCCAAUAUUGUAGCCUUCUUCAGUGCAUUUCAAGAGCGCCACAGGCUGUUUAUCGUAAUGGAAUAUUGUGAUGGCGGGGACCUCAUGAGAAGGAUCCACAGGCAACGAGGAGUGCUGUUUGGUGAAGAUCAGAUCCUGGGUUGGUUCGUACAAAUUUCUCUUGGACUGAAAUAUAUUCAUGACAGGAAGAUAGUACACAGGGACAUAAAAUCUCAGAACAUUUUUCUUAGCAAGAAUGGAAUGGUUGCAAAGCUUGGGGACUUUGGUGUAGCAAGAGUCCUGAAUAAUUCCAUGGAGUUUGCGCGAACUCGUAUUGGAACACCUUACUACCUGUCCCCAGAGAUCUGUCAGAAUCAGCCCUACAACAAUAAAACGGAUAUUUGGUCUCUUGGCUGUGUUUUAUAUGAACUCUGCACACUAAAGCAUCCUUUUGAGGGCAAGAACCUGCAGCAGCUGGCUCUGAUGAUCUGCCAGGCGCGCGUCGCCCCGCUGCCGCCCAGGUUUUCCCGCGACCUCCGGAGCUUGGUCCCGCAGCUCUUUCGGGUGUCGCCCCGGGACCGCCCUUCCGUCAGUUCCAUCCUGAAGAGGCCCUUCCUGGAGAAGCUGAUUGCCAAGUACUCGGCGCCCGAGGCGCUCGGGGAGGAGCCCGCAGCCCGGCCCGAGAGCACUGCAGACGCGGGAGGAAGGAAGGCGCUCAGCACCUGUGUGUGGCUCCGAACUAUCGACAAUUCUGAAGUACAGAAAGUGAGAUUUCAGGGGAAGUGUCCAAGAGCAAGGAUACCAGUGCCGGUUACAAGAAAGGACAAGUCACAUAGGAACAAACAGAGACCACCGGCCGGAGUCCAGGAACCCGUACCUAUAAAAAUGAUAGAAAGCCCCACACUUGCUGCAGUUUGCGGACACUAUGAUGUUUAUUAUGCUGAACUUGACAUUUUGAGGAAGCGCGCCCAGGAGGCUGGUUCUCACUGUGCUCCUCAGAGAGAUUCUGGAGUUGAGGAGAGUUACAGGGAGGAAGAAAGUCAUGCUCCAUCGCCUGCUCAAUGGCCUGCAGAGUACCUUCAGAGGAAAUUUGAAGCUCAACAAUAUAAGUUGAAAGUGGAAAAGCAAUUGGGUCUUCGUCCGUGUUCUGCUGAGCCAAGUCACACCCACUGCGCAGGGCUGAGAAGUCACAGAGAAGAGCCUGGCAUCCGGGAGCUUCAGCGGAGGAGAAGGGAGGUGAAGACCCAGGAAUAUUGGAAGCAGCUAGAGGAAAUACGCCAGCGAUACCACAGUGACAUGAAGGCGAUCAGGAGCAAGGUGUGGAGAGAGCUGGAGGAGUGCUCCGAAAUCAGCCACAAGACCUACCUGGUGAAGAAGAGUGCCCUGCCUGGUGACCGAGAUGCUCCCGACGGGGACGCGCCCGUGCAGGACAUUGAAAGAGACUUCAAUAAAAUUAGGCUCAAGACCAUAAAGGAAAGUAAAAGUCCAGAAAACAGAUGUAGAGCUAAGAGAGGGGAAACAUUCGAAAUUAAUAUAGAUGAAUGUAUGCCUGAUGGAAGCACUGCCCAAGAGGAAGAGACAGCAGACAUACUAAAUGAAACCCUGACGUGUGAGGACGGCAUGAAGCUUAAGGAGCACGAAUGCCUCAAGGAGCGUGAGGACGACCUAGGGAAAGCCUCUGAAAAGCUGCCUGGCCCGCGAGCAGAGCUGUUCACUCGGGCCGCUGCAGCUGCGGAAAACAGGAGGCAGUGGGAUGCCAGAGCACCUCGGACGCUGCUGCAGAUGAUGGCAGCCACUGACGUCACCUCCGCCUGCCCCACUAGGCCUGACGAGAGACUUACAUGUCAAUUGUCCUAGACAGUUCACCACCCUGUCAUGAGGAAUUAGAGGAGGAGGAAUCCGGGCUGCCACCUCCCGUGAAGUAACAGUAACGGAGCAGGUACAAGGAAGGGCAGUCGACUUGACUGACCCUCUAGUGCCGCCAGUAACUUCUUUGCAACUCUGUGGAAGGCCAUUCUUCUCAGCACUAAAAUGGCAUUAAAAUAACAGCCAUCCUUACAAGACUUGCAGGUUCAACAGUACAGAGAUACGUAUAGAAUUUCUUUGUAAGCCAAGGCACUAGUAAAAUGUUUGGAGCAUUUAGGGCCUAAUGAUAUUUUCAACCUGAAUUUCUGUGUUAUAUUUGAAGCUCUGACAUGACAUUGCCUUAGAAGAAGGUCAGGGCAACUGUGUUAGUUACUUUUCUCUCAUUGUUGAGACAAAAUAUCUGACACCCAAGUUAAGUGAGGAAAGGUUUAUUUAGCUCACACUUUGUAGAGGUUUCAGUCCGUAAUCAGCUGGCUCCAAGGCAGAGUGGCACGUGGCUGAGGGGCAACCAUUCCUGGUGGUGGAAGAUGGCAAAAACAAUGAGAGACCUUAACAAUAUCUUUCUGCCUCUUUUAUACUCUGUCUGGGCUACUGGGAUUAGGGCAGUGCCAAGCCAAUCAGUGGACUGAUUUAGAAAUCACACACCCUAAUCCCAGCAUUGUACCAUAAAUCCAUCACACACUCUAACCACCUCGGAAAAACCCUACCUAUGACCACAGGAAGCUUUGAGAAGACAUCCAAACACAAACUAUAACAGCAGCCUCUGGGCAUUAUCUUUACAGAUUGUAAAGGUUUUUAUUACUUAUUUCCUUUGUUUUUCUUGAAUACAUGGCAGAGGGGAGAGAGCUAAAUUUUAUAUCUGUGCUAUAAGUUGAAAUAUGUAAGUAUAGUCAGCCCUCCAUAUUGUCAGAUUCAACCAACCAGAGAUGGAAAAUAUCUGAAAGAAAACUACACCUGUGUGGAACAUCACACUCUUUGUUCUCAUCACUAUCCUUAGAACAGUGUAACAGCUAUUACAUAGCAUGUGUGUUGUAUGAGGUGUCACAAGCCAUCCUGAGGUGAUUUAAAGUAUCUGAGAGGUUGUGCAUAGGGUAUAUGAAAAUUCUAUGUCAUUGCAUAUAAGGGACUUGAGCAUCCACAGAUGUUAGUAUUCACAGUGUCCUGGGACCCAUCUUCCCUGAAUACUAAGAGAUGAGUACACAGUGAUACCUCCGAUGUAGAAUUUUCCACAGUUUGAACAUUCCACUGCUCAAACAGCACAGUUUAAAAAAAUUCUGCUCGGUGUUGGUAAUUUUGUCGACAGUAAAAUUGAAAAUCCAACUUGAAAAACCUGUAUGGGGCAAGAGAAUCUCAUCUCGCUGUGAACACAAAGGGGUGACUAUUAUGGUUUGGGUCUCAAUGUCCCCCCAGAGCCUCAUGCAGUC